AUGGCAACUAAUACUGAAACAUCUGAUCGUGAAUCAGUUGUUAUGGACAAUGAUGAAGGAACAACAAAUGAUGAGAGUAGUCGAUCAAGACCUCCCAUCAAAAGCACAAUUAUUAUUUCAAAAAAUCAUCCGUUGGGUCCCAUUGAAAAAAAUGUUCAAGGCUGUUUUGUUACUGUGAAUCAAUUAAAACAUUUUGGUUUUAUCAAACGCAAAAGUGAAACUCCUUCACCUAAUGUUUUUGCACGAGAAGCCUCAAUUCUUGAUAAGGUGCGCCCGAAGAAGUUUUUUGUGGGUGACAAAUGUCGUUUUGAUCUUAUUAAAACGCUUCGAGGCUACGAAGCCAUCAAUAUUGACAUACUCGAACGAAAUAUCAAUUCCAUUAACAAGUUAGGAAAAAUUCCGAUGAAAAAAAAAGAUACAGAGCCAAAACAAACUGAAAUAUCUAAUGACCUAUUCCAGUCAACAUUGGCAAUGCUUUUUCGUGAAGCAAUAAAUAAAAAAAAACGAGCAAAAUCCCAAAAGAUUGCACGACAAAAUAAUGAAUUUAAAGCUCAAGACAAUGAAAGAAGAGCAGAAGCUUACAAAAUUGAACGGCAAAGUGAUGAAUUUAAAACUCAGGAAAAUGAAAGAAGAGCCGAAGCUCUGAAAAUUGAACGGCAAGACGAUGAAUUCAGAAGGGAAGAAAAUAAACGAAGAGAAGAAGCUCUCAAAAUUGCUCGACUGGAUAAUGAAUUCAAAGAAGAAGAGAAAAGAAAAAAUGCACUAAGAAUGUACAACAGUAGAGAUAAAUAUAAAAAUAAUUUUGAUGCUAUGAAAUCAAAUUAUGAAUCAAAUAUAAAACAAGGGCCUACUCAUAUUUGUAGUUGUUGUGAUGGUUUAUGGUUUGCAUAUUCAAUCAGAGAAUAUACGAUUGAUAUGUUAGCAAACAAAGGCUUAAAAACAGAAUUUAUCAAUACAGUUUGUUAUCUAAAACAUGCGAUCAUUAAAUUAUGUGCCACUUGUAGAAAGGACAUCAUGUCGAAUAAAAUACCUAAUAUCGCUCUAUCUAAUGGUUUAACAUUCUGUGAAAUACCGGAUUGCUUGAAAACGUUGACUGAAUUAGAAGAAAGAUUGAUAUCACCAAGAAUUCCUUUUAUGGUAAUUCGAACUUUAGGUUUUUCGAAACAAUUUGGUCUUAAAGAAUACAACAUUGAACUUCAAGAUAAAGCUUUAUCGUCACCAGUCUAUUAUCUUGAAGAAAUAGAAAAUACUGAUCCACCAUUAAAUAAAGAAAUUGAACGAAAUGACGAGAAUUUAAUUAUUGACAAUAAACAAGAUAGUCCUGAAGAAAUAACAAAUGUGACUCAAAUAUUUCAAGGAGAACCAAUGUCAACUGAUCCGCAAAUCAGUCAUAAAAGAAAGGCAGAUCAGCUAGUUGAUGAAUAG